AUGCCUGGUUGCUACCUCAACUCCGGAUGUGCACUUCAACUCCAGAGGGCUUUUCCUACUCCACAUGCUGCCAUCAUCACUGUUGUCACUGCGGUGGGAUCUGCGUGCUGCCUGCUGGUGGGGAGCGGGCCGGGUGGUGGGUGGCACAGGCACGUGGACCAGAGUUGGCUGUGUACCAGUAGCCCACCACCUGCCUCUUCCUCUCUCUGCAGAUUUUGCCUUCCCCUCGUGCUGUCUUCCCUCCCUACAAUGGCUACUGGUGAAGAGAUCCCCCCUGCCCUGCAGGACUCAUGGGGAGACUUCUGGCUCUUCCGUUUCUUUGUUAAUGCUGCUGGCUAUGCGAGUAUUGUGGUGCCGGGAUUCCUCCUCAUCCAGUACUUCAAGAGAAGGAAUUACCUCGAGACAGGCCGAGGCAUUUGCUUCCCUGUCAUCAAAUCAUGCGUGUUCGGCUCUGAGGUGAAGUCUGUACACCAGGAGGAUGGCUCCCUGCCACCCCGAGUGGAGCCCACAGAGUCUUCUACAGCCCGACAGGUCUUCAAGCUGCUCUUCUGCGCUGCUGGUCUACAGGCCUCCUACCUCACGUGGGGCGUCCUCCAGGAGCGUGUGAUGACGAGAACAUACGGUGCCACUGAAACAGACCCUGGUGAGAAGUUCAAGGACUCCCAGUUCCUAGUCUUCAUGAACCGCAUCCUGGCCUUCACGGUGGCUGGUCUGUACUGCGCCCUGACCAAGCAGCCACGCCACGGGGCUCCUAUGUACAAAUACUCCUUUGCCUCCCUUUCCAACAUCCUCAGCAGCUGGUGCCAGUAUGAGGCACUCAAAUACAUCAGCUUCCCCACCCAAGUGCUGGCCAAGGCCUCCAAAGUGAUCCCAGUGAUGAUGAUGGGCAAACUGGUGUCACGCAAGAGUUAUGAGUACUGGGAGUACCUGACUGCUGCCCUCAUCUCCAUGGGGGUCAGCAUGUUCCUGCUCUCCAGUGCUCCCAACAGGCACGUAUCCACUGUCACCACUUUCUCAGGAAUAGUCCUCCUGGCCGGCUACAUAAUCUUCGACAGCUUCACCUCCAACUGGCAGGACGCCCUCUUCACCUACAAGAUGUCUCCCGUGCAGAUGAUGUUUGGCGUCAAUGUCUUUUCCUGCCUUUUCACGGUGGGCUCGCUCUUGGAGCAGGGCGCCUUGCUGGAGUCGGUACGCUUCAUGGCCCGCCACUCGGAGUUCACGGCCCACGCUGUGCUGCUCUCAGUGUGCUCUGCCUGUGGCCAGCUCUUCAUCUUCUACACCAUCAACCAGUUUGGGGCAGCCGUCUUCACCAUCAUCAUGACGCUCCGCCAGGCCUUUGCCAUCCUCCUCUCCUGCCUCAUCUAUGGGCACACUGUCACUGUUGUGGGUGGGCUGGGCAUAGCCGUUGUCUUCAUGGCCCUCUUCCUCCGUGUCUAUGCCCGCAGCCGCAUGAAGAAGCGCAGCAAGAAAAUCCCACCAGGCGAGACCCCUGUACAAAAGGUCUAAGGAGCUGGGGCCAUGGCAUUUAAGCUGUGCCUGCUGUCCCACUUACACUUGAGGGUACUUGCUUGAUUUCUCAGAACCUGCUGAGGAGCAGGGUGGGUUAUGGAUGGGCUGGACCAGGGACUCACUUUUUCACCUGCUUUUCCUGGGGAAGGGGCUGGAAGAAGCCCAGGGAAUGCUCUGGGCUGCCACAGCUCCAACCCUUUCGAUUUGCCUUAAUGGGUCAAAGACUUCCAGCCAAGGCAUGGACUGGGGGGCUCGCAUCCUGGGGCUGCUGGUACUCCUACCCCACCUCUGUCUGGUGGCUUCUCUCCAAAGUCACCGAUAAACAAGGGUGCUCUUUUCCCUGGCACAGUCUUUCCUGGAACGCUCCUCCACUUCUGUCACUA